AUGGAAUGUCAAUGGCAUCAGGUUUGCACCCGCCUAGUUGAGCCUGCGUGUGGAGAUCGCUUGUCUGACCAGCUCCAGAAAUCCAUUCGGGCAAUGUUCGACACGCUGGAGGCAGACAUUGUUGUCGUGCAAGAGGCCAAGAUCCAGCGCAAGGACCUGCAGGAUGACAUGGUCUUGAUUCCAGGAUGGGAUGUCUACUUCAGCCUCCCCAAGCAUAAGAAGGGCUAUUCUGGAGUUGCCAUUUACACUCGUUCUUCCAAGUGCGCUCCCAUCCGCGCCGAGGAAGGCAUCACCGGCAUCCUCUGCCCACCAAACUCCUCCACAACUUUCAGAGACCUUCCAGAAGACCAACAGAUCGGAGGUUAUCCGAGACCAGGACAGCUUUCCGGCGAAGUUGACGAAGCCACACUUGACUCUGAGGGCCGCUGUGUCAUCCUGGAGUUUCCAGCUUUUGUUCUCGUAGGAGUCUACAGCCCAGCAACCCGAGACGAAUCACGAGACGAGUUCCGCCAUGCUUUCACUGAAGCCAUGGACGUCAGAGUACGCAAUCUUGUCGCGAUGGGAAAGGAGGUGGUUCUUACCGGUGAUCUCAACAUCAUUCGCUCAGAAUUGGACACGGCCGGUCUGGUCGAACAAUUACGAAAGGAAGAAGUGAGUCUUGAUGACUUCUUCUCCAGUCCGUCCCGCCGCUUUCUCAACCAAAUAGUAUUUGGGGGACGUGUGGUUGGGACAAGAGACGAGGGCCGUGAGGAAGCUGUUCUAUGGGACCUCUGCAGGGAAUUCCAUCCCACCCGUACCGGAAUGUACACUUGCUGGGAUACUCGGAAAAAUUGCAGGCCGGGGAACUUUGGGAGCCGGAUUGAUUACGUUCUCUGCAGCUCUGGAAUCAAGGACUGGUUCAUCGACGCCAACAUCCAGGAGGGUCUUCUCGGUUCUGACCACUGCCCAGUCUAUGCCACCAUGGGCGAUACUGUCAGUCACAACGGCACGACGGUUCCCAUUACCGAUGUCAUGAACCCCACGGGCAUGUUCAAGGACGGCGAACGGCAACGAGAGUGGACCAUCAAAGAUGCCCUCCCAACUUCGGCAAAGCUGAUACCAGAAUUUAGCAACCGACGGAGCAUCAAGGACAUGUUCUUCAAGAAGCCUAGAGCGACGAUCAAGCCAACGACAGCAACAGCCAUGCCUGGCGGUCAAGACCCACCUCCUCUCACCAUUACCAUCUCUACGGGCCCUGAGAAAGACUCUUGGGCCCAGGGCGAUCUGGCCUCCUCACAGCCAUCGAGUCAAGUCACAGCACCCCCAAGCUCAGGCAGCACACUUCUGGCCUCUCCGCAAAAGCCACCAGCGAAACGCCUAGCAGUCGCUUCCCCUGCUAAAAGACCACAGAAGAAGGGAAAGGUCACACUUGCGAAAGAGCCGUCCAAGACUGGUGCGAGUGCCUCCCAGGGCACGCUGAAAAGCUUCUUCAAGCCCAAGACACCCGUUCCCAGCCCAAGCCAGGAGCCAACUGGCACGGACAACACAGCCUCGGCCACAGCAGAUAUUUCUACAGCUUCAGAGUUGCUACCAGCAGAAUUACCCCCUGAAAUCCAAAGCCCCAACCAAUCUUUGAAAGGGAGCGCCGAAAGCUCUGCCAAGGAAACGCCCCUGACGACCGUCCCAACUGACGACAAGGUCUUUGAUCCUAUUGAGAACAAAGCCUCCUGGUCUAAGCUCCUUGGCAAGCGCGUCGUCCCAAAGUGUGAGCAUGGCGAGGAUUGCGUAUCGAGGAUAACGAAGAAGCCGGGGGUCAAUUGUGGCCGGUCCUUCUUCAUGUGCGCCCGUCCCACGGGUCCGUCUGGCAAGAAGGAGGACGGGACGACGGAAUUCUGCUGCAAGACCUUCAUCUGGAGCAGCGAGUGGAAGCCUAGCUCUUCGGCGUCGUUGUCUGGCUAG